AUGCUCUCGGCGAUACUUCACGUGGCGGAAGGGCUAGAGGCAAGGGCGGUGCGAGAGUUGCUGUUCGAGCGCGCGGAGGAGGCCCACGCUGCGCGCCAAGAGGCGGAGGACUUCCUGCUGGGUGCGGUGGGCCUCAUGCUCAACUCGCCAGACGCCUUCGAGACGGCUCUGGCGUCCCACGAGCUAAGUGAAUCCCUCAUUGGCAAGCGUCCGAGUGAUGUAGAACCCCCCCCCAUGACCGUAGCCGGCGUUGCCAAGUCUGUGUACAGCGAGGAGUGGCAACAGGCCAUGAGGGAAGAGUUUGAAGGGCACUUGGGCACGGGAACGUUUUCAUUCGUAGACGGCGCGCCAGAGGGGCGCAGGCCUGUGAGCCUCAAGUGGUGUUUUAGUUGGAAGCCCAACAAGGAAGGGAAGAUAGAAAAGUUCAAAGCGCGUCUGGUUGCUAGGGGGUUUUCGCAAAUCCCGAACGUCGAUUAUUUCCAUUCGUCCUUCCCUUGCUCAUCAUCCGCAUCCAUUAAACUGAUGCUUGCGGUAGCAAACGAGAAGGGCAUGAACCUCAAUCACUGGGAUGUGAAGCAGGCGUACACUCACGCCACGCUAGACGAGGAGGUUUUGCUGAGGCUCCCCGCUGGGUGCGGGGACAAAUCGCAUAAGAUCGUUAAGGCUGAGCGUGCGAUUUACGGUCUGAAGCAGAGCGGUAGGCAGUGGGGGUACCACGUUGCUGAUACGCUAGUCGAGAACGGGUUCGAGCAGUGCAAGGCGGACCCGUGUGUUUUCCGCAAGAUGGUAAACAAAGUCGUGGUGAUGAUUAGCAUGAUCUACGUGGAUGACAUUUUGGUGGCUGGGUCUGACGAGGAUCGCGAGGAGUUGCUUGCUUCUCUCAACAAUAAAUUUCCCACCAAAAAUCUUGGAGAAUGCGAACGGUUUGACGGCACGGUGAAAUGCUUUGAUGUACGAUCGACCUCCCGCAUCCCUGCUUCCCCUGGUGUCGACCUAGGAUCGAAGCGAGAUGACGAGAAGGGAGGAGAGUGGCCGGUGAGGGAGGCCAUCGGCAGCAUGAUGUGGGUGUCGACGUUCUCGCGUCCAGACGUCUCGUUCGCCGUGCGUGCGGUAGCGCGCCACGCCCACGCCCCGGCGAAGAGGCACUGGGAUGCCAUCCAGAAGAUCCUCGGCUUCUUGAAAGGGACGAGGGACCUCGACAUCACCUACCAACGGGGAUCGGGGUUAGGGUUGGCCGUGUACGUAGAUGCUAGCUACACNCACGCCCCGGCGAAGAGGCACUGGGAUGCCAUCCAGAAGAUCCUCGGCUUCUUGAAAGGGACGAGGGACCUCGACAUCACCUACCAACGGGGAUCGGGGUUAGGGUUGGCCGUCAUCGUGUCUCUGUCUUCGACAGAAGCCGAGUACAUUGCUGCCGGGGAGGGCGUCAAGGAGGCGUUGUUUGUGCGUGCUGUGCUUUCGUUUGUUGCCCCAGAGGCCAGUGGUAGCAGCAUCCAGGUCCUUGAGGACAACCAGGGGGCCAUAGCGUUGGUGCAGAACCCCCUCAGCUCAGGUCGCACGAAACACAUCGACGUGAGAUCUCAUUUCAUCCGCGGAUUGUUUGGGUCGGGGGAUAUUUCGGUCAACUUCGUUCCGUCAACGGAGCAACACGCGGACCUCCUAACCAAGGCCCUUGGCAGGGCUAGUCUGCAGUGCCACCGGCGCAAGCUGAUGAAAUUGCCGGGACUGGCCGCAAACAAAGCCGACGCCGCAGCCGCCUCAAACGCCGCCAAAAACAACCCACCCGCACAGCCCGGUCCCGAAGGGACAAGAGGAGGCGAGCCCCCGGCCGCCGCGCAAAACGGCAUCGAGGGCCUGCUCUGGCAAAUUAUUGCGGGCCAACAGCGCCAACAGCUCCAGAUCGCAGCCUUACAACUGCAGCAGCACCAGCAGCACCAGCACCACCAGCUACCUCCCGCAGCACCUCUCGGCGGGGGUGUCAUGCCCGAUCAGCCAGCCGGAGGAGUCCAGCCGCUUCCCCCCCUGGCCGCCGCCGCCGCCGCCUCCCAGCCUAACGCACCGGCCAACGGACAAGGCGCCGGGGCGAAGAUCAUCAUCGAGAAGCGGAAGACGGUGUACUGGAACACCACGGUCGAACCCAUGUUUUUCCUUCUGCGGAGCAGCGAAGACAUCGGCCCGGAGAUGGACGAGGAUCGGCUGGCGCUGCUAACCAAACAGAAGGCCCACAUCACCAAGCAGGUGGCGGAGGAAAUCCUUUCGCUGAAAAACUGCAAGAUCGAGCACUUUUUCCCGUCUAUAAACCGGGAGGGGUGCGGUACUGCUACGAACAACUACCCCCAGCUGAAGUACACCCGUUUCGCACCUCACGCCACGGAAGCGCGCAACGCCCUUGUGGAUGGCGUCAACAACGGCAUCGACGAGGGAUUCUACAACCUGGGGCUCCAAGGCUGCGCGCUUAACCAGCGCUACCCCGACGGCCCGCCCGCCGUCGGCUCCGGAGAUGUCGUGCCGACCCCUACGUUUCGGCCUCUCAAGAACCUGACAGGCCAGGAGCACUCCAGUAGCCUCGCACAAAAUUCCAAGCACUGGGUCAUCCCCGCCACCGCCAGUAACAAGCGGAAGGCCGCGGGAUGCCCGGCGAACGCGUCCGGGACGAAGCAGUCCACAAGCAGGCUCGGUAGCGUGCGGGGCGGGCUCUGCAAAUGUUUCUGGCAGGCAGGCGUCUGCCGCCGCGCCGACUGCCCACUCGCGCACAUCAACGUCCGCAACUACAACACACACCCGCACCGAGUCACCGCCAAUCUAGGCCAAGCCAAACCAACAGCCGCAGCAAUAGCAGUGGCACCAGCGGCGGUGGCAGCCACAGCCGUCCCAGCUACCCCAGCCUCCACCACAACCUCAACACUUUCCCACCCCUCAGCCGACCCAGCAGCACCAGCCACAGGCGGCUGCGGGAGCACCCCCGCAGGCAAGCGUCGCCAACUAUAG